CGACCUGACGUCGCGCGCGCACAUGCUCGUGUUAUCGCUGGCCUCUCGAGCGUUAUCGACUGAGUCUCGCCGGCGUCGGCAGAUAUAUGCACACGUCUGGUCCUCCAUCCGUCCUUCCUGGACCUGGGUCCGUCAUAUGACCAAGGACCACGGGAUGCGAGGUCUCUCUUUCACCGCGACGUGCGACGCCCGAGGAACCUGGAGGUGCGGCGGCGCAAAACGAGCCAAUUGUCCAUCGCAUAUAUGUCCCAAUUACGCUCCCCGUUCUUCCCCGUUCUUCACUGAAUCCACCUAUACAGUCGUAUCCCUCUUCAGACGCUAUCUAAUCUAUACGUAUAUCAGGAGGCAUUUAAUUUCGAGCCCGGCCACCUGCUCGCCGCCCGUCGUAUCAGCUUCUACUCCGCCCGUCUCGGGAUGAAUCGGGUAACAGCUUGGUCUGCUUUUCGAAUUGAACACGGCAUUGACGGGGAGCUCCAACAAAACCAUGGAUGAAUUGUAUCGAUCUUCAAUGCCGUCCAGUGGUUCGAUUCACCAAUUCGCCGAGAGCGCAGUGCGCGCUACGUACCAUCCAGUCACUUCGGUCCAUUCAGUACGCCCAAACCUAAAACCCAGAUAUACGCCAUUUACCCGUCAUAUGCGCAACUCAUGCGUCCACGUUUCUCUCAGGCCGCCGGCGGAACGUUAAAUAUGUUCCGUCGGUUUCCCAAGUGCAGGUUCUGAAAAUCAAGCCAACCUGCGCGAAUCUCUCUGGGCCGUCCCCCGGGAUCCCAUAUUGCGGAACGAUAAAGCUUGUUAGCAAUCCUACCCGACACGAGCCCGACACGAGGAAAGGUGCACCAUGCUCAGUGGGACGGUACCACAAGGUUCUUACAACGAGGUUUCUGGGCGUGACCUUCGCUCUGCCUCGAGGCGACGCCGCGUU